CCGCCAUGUUAUUCUUUUAAACAACAUUAUUAAGUGCAUGUCUGGGUGAGCCUUAAAUGCCUCCAUUUGAGGAACCCACACCCCUAGCCCCAGGCACACCGCAAGUGCCUGGGGGUGGGGUGAGGGAUCCGUGGAGGGGAACUGAAUUCCCUCAGACAAGGGACUUGGAAGGUGACGUCAACUCCCCAUUUCAGGGUUAGAAAAGCCCCAGUUCCCCCACGAGGGGUAAACAGAGUCGCUAAGUGGCAAAAACACGCGCACAUCAGCGGUUGAUUCUCUCCGCAGUCAGCAGCUCAGAAGCUUCGCUGACAAGUGCCCGGGACAGGUCCGCAGCGCGAAGGGGCUGGCGAGGCCGGCGGGGAACGGUGGGAACGCCCGGCCGCUCUGGAGUCCGGGGCCUGGCCAUGGGGGGAGCUGAGGGUAAUGGAGGGGUGAACUCCAUCCCAGCUUCCUUCCAGUGUGCCCCCCUCGCACUCUCUGCCCUCCGCCCUCCUCUUGGACCAGGAGGGUCGGUCGUCCAGGAGCCCCUCAGGGUCGCCCGGGGCCGAAGACCACCCGCGCACUCUGAGCGGGCGCCUGGUAUACCCGGACCCGCAGGCGGGUCUGCGGCGCUGGGGGGCGGUCCGAGCCGGGGGCGGAAGGGGGCUGGACCCUUGGCCUCGGUCCCAGGGGGCGGCGCCGCGGCGCGAGCCGGCCGGGUCCCUCCCAGGGCGGGAGCAGAACAGGCGGUGCCCGCGGAGCUAUGGACGGCAGCGGGCCCUUCAGCUGCCCCAUCUGCCUGGAGCCGCUCCGGGAGCCUGUGACGCUGCCCUGCGGCCACAACUUCUGCCUGGCCUGCCUGAGCGCGCUGUGGCCGCACCGCGGCACGGGUGGCAGCGGCGGGCCCGGAGGCGCGGCCCGCUGCCCGCUGUGCCAGGAGCCCUUCCCCGACGGCCUGCAGCUCCGCAAGAACCACACGCUGUCCCGGCUGCGCGGACAUCGCCUAGUGCCGCCGCUGCGCCGGCUGGAGGAAAGCCUGUGCCCGCGCCACCUGCGGCCGCUCGAGCGCUACUGUCGCGCGGAGCGCGUGUGCCUGUGCGAGGCCUGCGCCGCCCAGGAGCACCGGGGCCACGAGCUCGUGCCGCUGGAACAGGAGCGCGCGCUCCAGGAGGCAGAGCAGUCCAAAGUCCUGAGCGCCGUGGAGGACCGCAUGGACGAGCUGGGCGCUGGCAUUGCACAGUCCCGGCGCACAGUGGCCCUCAUCAAGAGUGCAGCCUUGGCAGAGCGGGAGAGGGUGAGCCGGCUCUUCGCCGAGGCUGCAGCCAUCCUACAGGGGUUCCAGACAGAGGUGCUGGGCUUCAUCGAGGAGGGGGAGGCCACCAUGCUGGGCCGCUCCCAGGGUGACCUGCGGCGGCAGGAGGAGCAGCGCGAUAGGCUAAGCCGGGCCCGCCACAACCUCGGUCAGGUCCCUGAGGCUGACUCAGUCAGCUUCCUGCAGGAGCUGCUGGCGCUGAGGCUGGCCCUGGAGGAGGGGUGCGGCCCUGGGCCCGGUCCCCCGAGGGAGCUCAGCUUCACCAAGUCCUCCCAAGCUGUGCGGGCGGUGAGAGACGCGCUGACUGCGGCCUGUGCCAGCCAGUGGGAGCAGCUGCGGGGGCUGGGCGGCUAUGAGGAUGAGCUGCAGAAGUUGGGCACGGAAGCCGAUGCCGAAUCGCAAGACCCCGAUAGCACCAACAACCUCGAGAGUGAGGCUCCCAGGGAUUACUUCCUCAAGUUUGCCUACAUCGUGGACCUGGACAGCGACACGGCAGACAAGUACUUGCAGCUGUUUGGGACCAAAGGUGUAAAGAGGGUGCUGUGUCCCAUCAACUACCCCGAGUCACCCACCCGCUUCACCCACUGCGAGCAGGUGCUAGGCGAGGGCGCCUUGGACCGGGGCACCUACUACUGGGAGGUGGAGAUCAUCGAGGGCUGGGUCAGCGUGGGGGUCAUGGCCGAAGACUUCUCCCCGCAAGAGCCCUAUGACCGGGGCCGGCUGGGCCGCAACGCCCACUCCUGCUGCCUGCAGUGGAACGGACGGAGCUUCUCCGUCUGGUUCCAUGGGCUCGAGGCGUCCCUGGCCCAUCCCUUCUCGCCCACCGUUGGGAUCUGCCUAGAAUAUGCCGACCGAGCCCUGGCCUUCUAUGCCGUGCGGGACGGCAAGAUGAGUCUUCUUCGGAGGUUGAAGGCCUCCCGGGCCCGCCGAAGCAGCACCCUGGCCUCCCCCAUCGAACCCUUCCAGAGCCGCCUGGACAGCCAUUUUGCGGGACUCUUCACUCGCAGGCUCAAGCCUGCCUUCUUCCUGGAGAGUGUGGACGCCCAUCUGCAGAUCGGGCCCCUCAAGAAGUCCUGCAUUUCCGUGCUGAAGAGGAGGUGAUGCUGGAGGGACAUCUCGGCUCCCGGGAAGCUUGCUUCUCUGUGCCCCCAUCUUGCCCCACGGAAGGCACCUUGGAGCCCCCCACCUCCCCAGGCUUAUUCCUGGGGGCUUCCACCUUCCAAAUACUUGGCCUUCCACCUCUCGAGGAGCAGGCUCCCAGACCCCUUGAAGUGCCCCUCACAUCCUGUCCCCCUGUAGGCCUUGUUUCUGGGAGAGAAAGCCAGAGCUGGGGCAGAUCCAGGCUACCCCAAACCCUCCUUUUUCAGGUCCUGGGGCAGUGCCUGGCACAUAGGAGGAGCUGAAUAAAUGUUUGUUGAAUGAACAA